ACUCUGGUUACCACAACACAACUUUACCUUGCUUGUUGCUGUGGUGGUCAAAUGGUAUAUCCAGGUAGAUUCAUUACUACACAUAUUAAUGAUUUUACAAUACAAUGAAAGUAUCACCUAUUUUGUCUGUUGAUAUGAAUGGACGUUCUUUACCUGGAAGUCCUUGGGCAUUCGCCAAUGAUAUGAGAAAAAUGAUCAACAAGAAAGAAUUCAGCAAUGUAAAAUUUAUUGUUGGGCCAUCAAGAACACAGAUAUUUGGAAACAGCUGUAUUCUUUCUGCUCGGUCACAGGUUUUUAAGGCCAUGUUUGAAAAUGAAGAUGGUCUUCACUCAGCUUGUUUGGAAAAUUCAAUCAUUUUGGCAGACACUUCACCUACUACAUUUCUUUGUUUGUUGGAAUUCCUGUACACCAACUGUUGUACACUGAAUGAGGAGAAUGUUAUUGAUGUUCUUUCUUGUGCCUUUGAAUACUCGUUAGAUGAAUUGCAAAAAAUAUGCGGUGAAUUCAUUGCUAAUACAUUGAAUGUAUCAACUGCUUGUGCUGCAAUGCAGGUGUCUGUUAUGUAUAGUUUAUCCAAUCUGAAGGAAACAGUGCUCGAUUUCAUCGAAAAGAACACACAAGAAGUAUUUCGAACUGAAAGUUUUCACGAACUAUCUGAAGAAGCUUUUGGUGUGUUAUUAUCUAGUGAUAAACUGAAUAUUGAUGAAAUUGAUCUUAUAUCCUUAUUCAGAGAGUGGGCUACUGUCAACUCGAUUGGUCUUAACAGACCAGCCCAAGAAGUUUCCAAAAACAUCGUGGGUAAACUACGUUUACUGCUCCUGACGCCAGAGGAACUGUCUGUUGUAGAAUCUGAGAACGAGAAAGAUGUCCUCAUUCCAAUGAAAAUGAUCUCUGAUGCCUGGAAAUAUCACGCGCUUAAGUCGUGUUCAGCAAGCCAUUACAACGACGUACAAGCGCGGUCUGGUACAAAAGCUAGAUAAUGAAAUGCAAUCAUUUGGUCCGUAUGUGAAAUUACUUUAUCAUAUAAGCCAUAUGUUGUAAAUACUUUGCAUAUAAAUAAUUAAUCAUUUUAGUGUCGUCAGGCUCUUCAUAAAUGUAUUAAUGGUUUGAAAAGCGCGUCGUCGUAAAUAUAUCUUACGUUUUUUGGCAGCCUGGCUAAACAUUGGAAAUUUCUUAUCAAAAGUAAGAAUAAAAAUAACGACUCUUCUA